AUGUCGGACGAUCUUUUCGAACUGAGAAACUAUUUCUACCUCGGCAACCUUGCAGCGGCCACAACUGAAGGUGAGACUGUCGCAGUGGAAGGCGCAGGGGCAGAGAUUGAGCGCGAUGUUAUUCUAAAGCGACUCGAAUUGGCCAAAGGAAACUUUGACGACAUUUUGAAAUCAGUCAACGAUGAUUCAACGCCUGCGUUACAAGUUGUUAGGCUUCUAGCCCAGCUCCACAAAGAUCCGUCGAUUUCCGAUACAGCCACAGCCGCUCUUCAAGCAUGGACAUCAGAUGAUGUGUCUACGGCUUCUCCAUGCUGCCUUCUCAUGUGUGCCAUUGCGUACGCGCACCUGGGAGAUUUUGACAAUGCUCUGCGCACCGCACACCGCGCCAAUGGUCUAGAAGAGCUAGCAGUCAAGGUGCAAGUUUUGCUGAAAAUGGAUCGGAUUGACGUCGCAGAAAAAGAAGUCGUCACGAUGCAAGCCAUCGACGAGGAUGCUACGUUGACUCAGCUGGCAACCGCUUGGAUCCAUCUAUCCAAGGGAGGAGAAAACGUCCAGGAGGCAGUUUACAUUUAUCAAGACCUGCUAGAACGCCAUGGUGCAACCGAUUCAAUACUGAAUGGAAUGGCAGUUUGCCAUUUAGCUAUGGGCAAAAUAGACGAGUCCGAGCGGGUGCUGAAGGAAGCGUUAACAAAGAAUCCGAACUGCGCAUCCACUUUAAUUAAUGUUAUAUGUUCAUCCAAGUACAAGAACAAGCCAGCUGAGCUUAUUUCGAGGUAUUUCGCUCAGUUGCAACUUGUUGCACCGUCAAAUGCCUGGCUUGUGGACUACAAACAAAAAGAAGCAGACUUCGACCGACUUGCCGAACAAAUGGCAACCGCAUAAGCACAUCAAUACGCUUACAUAUUUUCACUUACUGCGAUUGUUAUAGUUGCUGCAGCUUUCUUUCAUGAUAAAAUACCUCCCUAACUGUGUUAAGGGACUCUGCAUCUAAA